CGUACAGUAAAGCGGAUCGACGAUGGUCAUCGGCUCUGCAAUGACCUGAUGAACUGCAUCCAGGAGCGUGCCAAAAUCGAGAAAGCCUACUCACAGCAACUGACGGAGUGGUCCAAGAGGUGGAGACAGCUGGUAGACAAAGGGCCUCAGUACGGCACGGUAGAGCGAGCUUGGAUGGGGGUGAUGACGGAGGCGGAGAAGGUGAGCGAGCUUCACCAGGAAGUGAAAAACAACCUGAUCAACGAGGACUUUGAGAAGGUGAAGAACUGGCAGAAAGACUUGUACCACAAACAGAUGAUGGGAGGAUUCAAGGAGACCAAAGAGGCAGACGAGGGCUUCAAGAAGGCCCAGAAACCCUGGGCCAAGAAGCUAAAGGAGCUCGAGGCUGCCAGGAAGUCCUACCACAUGGCCUGCAAGGAGGAGAAGCUGGCGUCCACCAGAGAGGCCAACAUUAAGGGAGAGGCCUCUGUGGCCGCCGACCAGCAGAAGAAACUCCACGAGAAAGUGGACAAAUGCAAACAGGACUCACAGAAGGCCAAGGAGAAGUAUGAGAAGGCUCUGGAUGAGCUGAGUAAGUGCACUCCAAGUUACAUGGAAAACAUGGAGCAGGUGUUCGAUCAGUGCCAGCAGUUUGAGGAGAAGAGGCUGAGCUUUCUCCGGGAGGUGCUGCUGGACGUCAAACGCCACCUCAACCUCACAGAAGACCAAAGCUAUGCUACAGUGUACGGAGAACUUGAACACACCAUCACGUCGUCCAGCCCGCAGGACGAUCUGAAGUGGUUCAGCAACAACCACGGCCCCGGCAUGCAUAUGAACUGGCCACAGUUUGAGGAAUACAACCCAGAACUUACCCAUAACAUCUCGAAGAAAGAAAAGUCAAAGAAAGGCAGCGAUGGAGUCAUGCUGACUCACGUCACAUCAGCAGUCGACCACGCUCAAGCUGAAGACCAGGGAAGUGUCAGCAGCUACGAGAAGAACCAGGUGUUCACGGCCUCCACGGAGUGGUCGGACGAGGACCAGACGGCCCCGGACUCAGGCAACGACACCAACGGAGGGCCCAACCCCUUCGACGACGAAGUGGUGAAAGGUGUGAGGGUGAGAGCGCUGUACGACUACGAAGGCCAAGAGCAGGACGAGCUCAGCUUCAAAGCAGGGGACGAGCUGAUCAAACUGGAGGACGAGGACGAGCAGGGCUGGUGUAAAGGUCGUCUAGACAACGGCCAGCUGGGUCUUUACCCGGCCAAUUACGUGGAGCCGAUGUAGCUGUUCCUGCCUGAGGACGCUUGUGUCGUCGCAGGGCGUAAAACCGACCAGACUGAACCGUCCAGUUGUAACUGCACAUUGCCAGAGACUUGAAAGCAAAGCUUCCUCUUCCUGUCGAGCACAGUGAUCUGUUCUUCAUCUCAGCACUCAUC